CACUAUGUGGCGUCUGCUAAUGUUUUGAAUACCACCUGCUGUUGCUGACAUGGUGAACAAUGAUGAGAUAAAAUAAGUGCUUGGUCCGAACGGAUGAAAAGGGUCAUUCAUCUACUUUGUGGAAGAAUGGAAAUAGAUCCCAUAGAUGUGAGGGGAAAGCAUAUUGUUUGACAGUAUGGAUGAAGUGUGGUCGAGAAAUGAGAAACGUAGAUGGCUGCUCACAUUAUUUUUGGGGACCUCAGCUCUUUAUGCAAGCAGGACUUCUGUCCCCCUUGCUAUACCAGAAAUUACCAAGGAACGUGGCUGGAGCAAAAAAGACUCAGGGAUGAUACUGUCGAGCUUUUUUUGGGGAUACACUCUGACUCAGGUGUUUGGUGGUUAUUUGAGUGAUAGAAUUGGAGGACAAAAAGUAAUAUUAAUUGCUGGGAUUGGAUGGUGCAUUGUUACUUUUUUCAUGCCUCAAAUGAUAUGGCUGUUUUCAGAUACCAGUAUUUCUGUCAAUUUUAUUGUAUUCAUAAGAGUUUUGCAUGGAGCAUUUCAAGGUGUCCAUUUUCCCAGCAUGAGCAGCUUAACUGCACAGAAAAUUACAGAGAAGGAGAGAGCCUCAUUUUUUAGUAUCUUAACAUCAGGGUCUGCUGUUGGCACUCUGUUCACUGGUGUUGUGGGAUCAAAUGUGUUGGAAUAUUAUGGAUGGCCAUUUGUGUUCUACUGCAUUGGUUCCCUUGUUUUAUUAUGGAUACUUCUACUAAAUUUCUAUGCCCUGUCCCUAAACAGAAGAAAAAAUAACCUGUAUUUGCCUUCAAAGCCACACCCACCUCUUUAUAUCAAAGAAAGCUUGCCAGUACCAUGGAUGAGACUUUUUACAAAUCUUUCUUUCUGGUCUUGUGUGCUUGGACAUACAUGCCAGAACAAUUGUUUUUUUCUUUUAUUAUCAUGGCUGCCAACAUAUUUUCAUGAUAUGUACCCUGAUGCUAAGGGCUGGAUUGUAAAUAUGGUACCAUGGCUGUUCUGUAUACCUUGUACAUUUUUUGGUAGCUGGAUGUCUGAGAAACUUAUAAGCAAUGGCUAUGGUAUUACAGCUACAAGAAAAAUUACUGAAGUAUUUUGCUUGGGUUUGCAAGCCAUUGGAUUGGUGCUAAUACCUCUAGCAGCAAAUUACAAAUGGGCACUUGUUUGGGUGUCUCUUGCAAUAGGUUCAACUGGUUUCCACAACAAUGCGAUACUGGUAAAUCCUCAAGAUCUUGCUCCAAAACAUUCUGGUAGUGUUUUUGGAUUGAUGAACACUGUUGGAGCUAUACCAGGUUUCUUAGGAGUAUACCUAGCUGGGUAUGUGCUGGAGACAACAAAGAGUUGGGAAGCGGUGUUCCAGACAACUGCUGCAAUAAAUUUAAUUGGUUGUGUUAUGUACGUAAUAUUUGGAAGUGGAGAUUCCAUUGUGUGAUGUUGCCAGAAGCUUUUAAUGAACAAAGUAUUCAAUAUUGUAACACUAAUACAAACCAGAAGAAAUAGAACUCAUGGUCCAGUCUCUGUGCCAUUCAUUCAAAUUUUAUGUCAGUUGAAUGGGUUUCACAGACUUCUCCACUUCAGGAAGUGUAUGACUGGCAUGCAGAUUAUAAAUGGAAAGUUAAUUGGACAAGCAAAUCAGACUAUCAGUAUUCACUAAGACUUAAAUGGUACUAUAAUUGUUAGGUAGGCUCAGAGACUGAACUCUUAAAGUUUGGGUGUCAACAGAUAAGAGAAGGACCUAAGGAAGUCAAUGCCUACUUGUCUACAUUUUCUGGUGCUCCCAAGUACUGUAUGUAGAUUUAUGAUUGUGUGCUUGGCUUCAGACUGCCAGAAAGUAAUCAUGGUACUCAAUCUCUCAAACUUCAGUUGCUGACAGACAAAAAUUUCAAAUGGGCCUACUGUCUAGACCAGAGCUGAGGACGUGAGCUGCCCGCGGGCUUUUGUAUCACCUUUUGUCUUGUGGGCAUGAUGCAUGUGCAGCGAUCUCUUACUCAUGAACAGGACUGCCAAUAAUACACAAUUGACAGCUCGAGUUUGUAUUGACAUUACUAUUCUUUGCAUUGUCAUAAUUAUCACAGUAUGACAAUGUAAUGAAUACUUACAAGCCAAUAUAACAUGUACAUAGUACUUUCAGAAGUGUUGCCUUAAAAACCAAUCUUCUGUUAUAGAAAAGUGCCAUGGAAUGAAAAAGUAAUAAUAGUUACUUUGUAACAAUUCUGUCACAGAGAAAAGCAAAUGAAUUUAUGCAAGUGUGCAGGCAUUUUUGUCUCUUAAGACUUUGGAUGUUUUCAUGCUAGUUGGGAGGGGAAAAAAGAAAGAAAAUGUUCAAAAACAACAUUGACACCACUAGCAUACUUUACAAAAAUAUGGCACAUCGCCAUAAUCAGACCCCAGCUCUGCCAGGAAGGAUUUAAAACUGCUGAUGCCCUAAACCAUGCUAUUUCAAUUUAUCAACUGUUUGUACAACAAUGUCCAUGACAUGACUUAUUUCGGCACAUUUUGCCAGCAGAUCAGCGUGAGUUGGGAUGCUUUGUAUUGUUGCUGGUAUUUUCUGAUAGAUACCAACUUCUUUCACCAGUUUGUUAUUAAAGCAACUACACCAGACUUUUGACCACUCGUUGCAGGAGCUCCACCUGUUGCAAUCAACAAAGAUUUCCUCUACAGGAGUCCUAUUUGUCAUCAAGGUUUCCUAAGUAAAAAAGUAUGUCAUCACCCUUGGUUGUAUCAUGCAUUGGCACUAAAUCAAGGAGUUCCCUCAUCAAGUUGAACUCAGUGUCAACACCUCGUACAAGUACUGCAAGCUGAGUGUCAUGUGUUACAUCUGUGAUUUCAUACAAAACCAGAGAGAGAGAGAGAGAGAGAGAGAGAGAGAGAGAGAGAGAGAGAGAGAGGGGGGGGGGGGGGGAUCUGUAGUCUUAUCUUUGUCACAUUUCCACUUAAUUUGGUAUUUCUUUUAUGCAUCUGCACACUGUUUCCAUGAAAGGGGAACUCUUCCGAAAACUGGAAGAGACUCUGGACACAAGAUUGUUGUGGCAGUAACAAAACACUGUUCAACAAGUUCUCCAUUGCUGAAGCGACAUGCUGUUUUGGUUAUUUUAAGAGAUAUGUGAUAGCUCACUCUCAAUACACCAUCAUGUUGGGUGAUACGGUUGUCUUCAUGUAAACACGUUAAAAGGGAGAAGUAAAAUCGAGGGUAAAAUUAUGUAAUGCUUUAUAAAUAAUGGUAACAUUUUCAAGAUAUGACAUAUAUCCAUAUGAACUUUCUCUCUUUCCUGUUUUGGGUCAAGAAGUUUGGCCUUCCUUUCCACAAUACCCAAAGCGAUUACAAAUUUAUCAUGUGGGUUGAAGUAUAAGGAUUCAAUUGAUAUUCAUUUUGAGGGUCUUAAUGUCUCAUCAGCCAUUUUAUUCUAAUUAAUUUUGUCCUACCACGAACACCAAAGAAACUUCGAUACUGAUAACACAUAACACCAAAUUAACAGGCUCACCUUGCAACGUGAGCACCAAUAACAAACGAGGGAUGUUUGCCGAGAGGUGGAGGAGGAACUGCUGGCUGACAGCACUCAUGGGCAAACAGUUUGGGCCCUCAUGGACACCCAUGCUCACCAUAGCACUUUGGCUGCCCUUGGUCAAGACUGUUGUCAUUUCUUUGACAAUUCAGUAUUAAAUUCAAAACAAUGUGGUCAUCGUUAUAUGUAUGUAUUUGUGUUAUAUCUACUGUGAGCAUUGCAUCAAUUACCUCUCUAACGGAAGAGUCAUUUUUUCCCCCUCAGUUAUAGUACCCUUAUUUAAAUGUAUUAGCUGUCAAUUUCUGUUUCUCAAAUAUAUUUAAAAAAUCACUUUCUAUUUACGCAUGUUUCUCUCAGCAACUUCCAUUCACAAAAAAUUAUAAUCUAAUCUGUAGUUUUGUUCUCUACACGCUAUGAUUUUUAUUGUUAGAGAUAUGGUGGUGGUUUUCUUUUUUAUGGGGGGGAGGGGGGGGGGGGAGCACUCCAUGAUUGAAUUCAAUUUAUACGGUUAAAGGAGUAACUUUUAUAGCACCUUUUUGUUGUAUUCAAAUUAUUAUUUGUUCCUACAUGAGAGUAUUUUACAUUUUUUAAUAUUCUUACCAAUAUGGAACAUCAGAAGAUAUACUCUUCAAUAACCGCAUGAUAUGCAGAAGGAAAGCAUGAAUGCUGUGAUAUUUCCACAACAGAGCUUACAUGUCUGUGAUAAAAUGUAACAUUCCAAAUGAAUUACAUAUAACAAAAAUAAUACCUAUUAAAACGUGAUUUUAUUUUAUUUUAUGUAAGUAUUAUUGUUCAUCUUGAGGAUGAACUGAAAUUGUCUAUAAUAGUUAUAAUGUGAACAAAAAAACUUUAUCUGAUUCAUUUUCAUAACGAUUGUUGUUGGUCAGUUUGUUUACCAUGUGAAGAAUGUGGGUCAUGCUUAUUGUUCACUUAUAAAGUGUUAUUAGUUAGUAAUUAUUAUGUUAAAAAUAUAAAAUAUUUAAGGCUUUGUCAGAAAAUAAGUCUCUUUUAAUCUAACUCUUGAAAUGUUAUGAGGUAAACAGAUUCCACUGAAACUCCUUAUUAACGCUCUAUAACAAAUGACGUGUGCUGCUUCAGCUAAAGAUGUCCAUCAUUUAGGGCCCUAUUAACCAAAGCAAUUGGGAGAAGAAUGUUUAGUGUCAUUAAUGUAGAUUGCGUAGAAAAUACAGUUGUCUGCUUCUCUGUCUCAUAAUCAGUUUCAUGAGUUCUGCUGUUUUGAAAGACUUAUGCCAGGCCAUUGAAACACAUGUAAUAAUAAGAAUAAGAAUGAUUUAUUGAUAUCUUUGGGUUCUGUUUUCUCUUUAUUUCACCUGACGCAUAUAAUAAUGACCACUUGAAGACUGUUCUCUGCCAUACUCUACAUCUCUCCUAAUCUGUCUCCCCCAUCAUCACCACUCUUGCUCUCCUUCAUAGCUCACUGUCAUUGCUUUGCUAUUUCUGCCUUGCACUGUUCUAUUUUUCCCCCCCACGAUUUUAUACCUACCAAAAAUAAAUUCUGUAGUUUGCCAAUGGCUUGCUGGCUGUAGCGAACAUAGUUUUAUUUGUUUAUUAUUUAAUUCACUACGAUAAAGAUUACCAGAGUAAUUGAGUUGAAAUAUAUGUUCUACUCAGUGUAAUCUGUUAACCAGUCACUUGAUCGACAUCUAGACUGAUUUUUUUCCCAAAGUGUAUUUGAGAUUCAAUUUUUGUUUCCAGCUUGUCUUUUAAAAGAUGUGUUUGUUGACAUGAAAUAUACUCUUGGUUAAAAAUUUUGUACUGUGUUGCACACAUUUUGUUAUGUUUCUUUGUAAAGCAGUUUAAUGACAAUAUUAUUCAUCAUUCUGCAAGAAAAGUUGAUUGAUUCAGUGAUAUGAUACUAGACUGGCACAUUUUUUUGACAAAAUGAAUGCUUUUAAGAAGACAAGGUAAACCUAUCGCAUGACAAUUUCUUCUAUGUUUCGAUGUCAUCCUCAUUUGCUUUUAUUCUGUUGUAUCUUGGACACAUUCUAACUUUUCUGUAUGUUAAUAAGGUAAAUUAGAAAUAUGCUGUUUGUUCUUUUAGCAGUAUUUGCCAUCCUGUCAUGCCCUUUUUAUUGUCAUUGUCUGAAUGUACAUGAAAAGUAUUAUUAUUAAACAGGUUAUUACAAU